AUGGCCGCCUCACAGCGUUACUGCGUGGCCGAGGAGAGAAGCGGUCACUGCGCGGCCAUGUACCACAACCGUCUGUACGUGUGGGGUGGAUACGUGACAAUAGAAGAGAAUGAAGUUUAUCUGCCCAAUGAUGAGAUUUGGAUCUAUGAUACAGACAGUGGCUUGUGGUCUAUUCACUUAAUGGAUGGCGAUGUACCUCCAUCAAUGUCAGGCAGCUGUGGGGCUUGUCUUAAUGGAAAGUUGUAUGUUUUCGGAGGGUAUGAUGACAAAGGCUACAGUAAUCAGCUGUACGUUGUGGAUUUGAAAUCAGGGACUGGACGGUACACGUGGAAGCACAUUACAAGCUUUAAAGGCAAAUCCCCUACAGCACGGGAUAAACUAUCGUGUUGGGUUUACAAAGACAGGUUAAUCUAUUUUGGAGGAUAUGGAUGCAGAAAGCACAAUGAGCUUAGUGAAUUCUUCAAUGUCCAUGACGCAUCAUGGGAAGGCCAGAUGUUUUGGGGAUGGAACAACGAUCUUCAUGUUUUUGACACAAGUAAAGAGACAUGGUUUCAACCUGUGGUAAACAAUGUUCCACCACAAGCCCGGGCUGCUCAUUCCUGUGCUGUUCUGGGGAAUAACGGAUAUGUCUUUGGUGGCCGAGUGUUGGAAACACGAAUGAAUGAUUUGCACUUUUUGAACCUGGACACUUGGACUUGGUCUGGCGGAAUCCGAGUUAAUGGGGAGAAGCCCAGAGGCAGAUCAUGGCAUACACUAACUUCAGUUGGGAAUGAUCAGCUCUUUCUCUUUGGAGGCCUUAGUACUGAAUGCGAACCAUUAAGUGAUGGAUGGAUUUAUAGUACAUCGACCAAUGAGUGGAGGCAGUGUAAACACUUUCCCAAAGACAGACCAAGAUUGUGGCACACCGCCUGCCUUGGAAAAGACAGUGAAGUAAUGGUGUUUGGUGGAAGUAAAGAUGACCUCCUCUCCUUAGACACAGGUCACUGCAAUGAUUUACUCAUCUUUCAGAUUCAGCCAUUCUCGCUGCUUAGGUUGAGUUUGGACACUGUUGGGAAAAAUGCUGCAUUAUUGGGAAACCAAGUAUCCUCCUUACCUCGAAAUCUCCUUCAGCAAGCAAUGAAGAGAAUAACAUUCUGGACAGCGACAAAAUACAGACAGGGCAAGUCAGCUCGUACAUAUGAAGUGAAUAACAACACAACAUGAGCAGCCAGAGGAGGAAAUAUUAACGUGUUUGCACCUCAACUAAUGUUUUAUUACUGGGGGGGGGGGGGUUCUGCUCACCCUCUGGCACACAAAAUGUUAAGGUUUGUGUUAAAUAAGCAGUACUGCACUGUUGGUAAGGAUCUCAACAUGCAAGUGGGUUAAACAAUACUGUUUAAUGUUUACUUUUUGCAAGGUUCAAAGCCAUUUCUGUUGUAUUAACAGGUACAAUU